AUGAAAACCAUUACCACCACCACCACCACUUGUACAGAAAGUGUUUUGUUUUCCGAAAACACCCCAAGUCAAUCGGCCGAACCAAACAACACAGAUCCAUCUGAAUCAUCUACAACUCGGAAGAGAAAAAGUAAUCCUCAAACAACUCCAGUCAUCAUCAUCACUCCGAAGAAAAAGAAAAUCACAAAGGAAGAAUCUCAAUUAAUUGCUCAUGUUUAUGCUCAUCAUUCCGGUAAUUGGAAUAAAUUUAUGAGUGAUGAGAAAAUUCAAAAGUUGAACAAAACAGAACGUCAUUUGAAAAAUCAUAUUAACUAUUUAAAAACCAAGAAAAACCAAACAAUGAAUACAGAUCGUGCGAAAACGAUCGUUCCACGUGGAACUCGUAGAGAUAUUGACGAGCAAAGUGAAGCCGAUGAUGGAGAGGAUACUGAAGAUGUGAUCAACGCUUAUGUUGCGAGUAGUGAGCCAGAAUCUUCUGAUGAACAACCUCCAGAAUUGGAUACACCACUUUUGACUUCUUCCCAACAAUUUCGUGAAUUGGACAAUACAACAUUUGAUGAUUCUGUUAGCUCAAGCAGCGUUUCAAGUGAUUUUUCAUAUGUUAGAGAGAUGACAAAGAGACACAAAAUUAGAAGGGCCAAAAAAAGACAAGAAGAGAAAGAAGAAUUGUACCACAUACUUAAUCAACAACUGCUUCAGCAACAACAAGCUCUUAUUGACAGCUCUGAUUGGAAGUUUACGAUUCUAGUGAUGAUGAUGAUGCGAUGGAGAUAA